AUGUCGACCCCUACGAGCCCCGCGGAUGUGAAGCUCCCGCAACGGUCUGCUACCGUGAGCAGCGGCUUCACCCGUCGCACUUCGGUGAGCGACGAUGAAGCCAUUCCCGAUACCGAUAGCAGCGAGACCACUGGUCUGCUGCUUGAACGUCUCCGGGCAUGGAAGCACAUGUGUGGAUAUCUGGAGGACUACUUCUCUGUGACCGCUAAAGUGCAGAAGUCCCAGUCCAAGGACUAUGAGAAGAUCUUGAAGACUGUGAACGAGCCCCUCAAGGAAGGUCACCACUUUAGCUCCGGCGCCGGUGGCGUGACCGGAUUGUUCGAAAACAUCCGCAACAAUACCCAGGGCAUUGUCAACAUGUACUUGGAUGGCGAAAAGAACAUCAAAAACGGCGUCCUCCCCACUCUCGAGCGUCUGCACAAGGAAAUUAAGAACAAGUCCAAGGAGCUGAGCUCCGGCGCAUCCAAGGGUGCCAAGUCUGUUGAGAAGGCUCGCUCCCUCACCCAGAAGCACAUCGAGCUCCUGGGCCAGAACUCCGCCUCGUUUGACGCAGCCGCCUCCAACAAGCUCGACCAGCAGCACGACCCAUACAUCCUCAAGCGCGGCAUCAACCACCGCCUCAACAACCAAGUCAAUGAGGAAAACAACCACCGCCAGGACAUCCUCGCCGUCCAGAACUCAUUCCAGCAGUUCGAGGCUCACCUCCUGCAAACCCUCCAGGGAGCCCUGGAACAAUUCCACCAGCAGAUGGGCGGCCAGAUCGAGCGCCAGCGCGCCAUGUACGCCGACAUCCUGGGCACCGCCCAGCGCAUCCCCCCAGACUUCGAGUGGGUGAACUUCUGCAUGAGCAACGAAGCCACUCUCGUCAACCCAGAUGCGCCCCCGCGCUCGUUCUCCAGCAUCACCUUCCCGAACAUGGAGCACCGCGCCACCCAGCCCUUGAUCGAGGGCUCUCUUGAGCGUCGUUCCCGCGCCGUCAUCAAGGGCUACUCGACCGGCUACUACGUCGUCACCCCAGCCCGCUACCUGCACGAGUUCAAGGACAACGAUGACUUCCGCAAGGACCCAAGCCCCGAACUCUCCCUCUACCUACCAGACUGCAUCGUGGGUUCCAUUGACGGGGUCAAGUUCAGCGUGAAGGGCAAAGACGUUUCCUCCGGCAAAAUCGGUAACGCCUUCCACACCAACACAGAACUCAACUUCAAGGCCCAUACCGCCAGCGACGCUGAGAAGUGGGCGUCCGUCAUCAAGGACGCAACUCGUAGCCCCACCCUUGCUUCCCCCGCCGUUGCAUCCCCCGUGGCUGCUUCCCCAGCUGCCUCUGUCAGCCCCUCCCGCAAUGUCUCCGGCCAGAGCCAGCCUCCCACCUAUGCCGAGAAGGAGAUGGAGAAGGCCCAGCCAACUACUCAGCCUGCUGCCCCCUCAACCACCGAUACCAAGGAUGCUGCUGCUAGUCCUGCUGCCGCUAGCCCCGCUGCUGCCAGUCCCGGUGCCGCCAGCCCGGCACCUGGUAUCAGUCGCACUGCCAGUACCACCAGCCACUUCCACGGGUCGCCUGGUGGAGCUGCAGUCGAGAAGUCCGAGAAAUCGUAA